AUGCCUCGAAUCAGCUACAUGAAUGUAGGGGGGCGCUUGAGACCAAACCAGACGAUAGUCAAAGACAUCAAAAUCAACCCACAGAUCCGCGAGCUUCUCGAACGGCCGACCUGGUCCGUCGCAUCUCUCCUUCCACCUCGAGCACCGCCGACAAACCAGCGCUCUACACCGCCGGGUACCGCAGCUGCCGCUGCUGCAGCGACGGCAAGCUUCGUGCAAUUCCAAGAAGACACACAAGAGAUCACAAAAGAGAAGCUGCGGCACCUGCUCAAACUAUCCGCAUUGCCUCCGCCGAAAGACGACGCCGAGGAGGAAGAAAUGCUCUCAACGCUGCGGGCACAGGUGCACUUCGUGAAGGAGAUUCAAAAGGUGGACACCACGGGCGUGCAGCCGCUGGUGUCGAUCCGCGACGAGACGCGCGACAAUGUCUGGGCCUCGAUGAUGACGGAGGAGAAGCUGGAGGAGUUUUUCAAGCAGGAGGAGAAGGUCGGCGUGAAUGGCACAAUCAGGAGGAGACAGAAGCAAAACAUUCCUCUCGUUGGCAAUCGCGGUGCGGAGGCCAAAGCGCAUGAUAUCGUCGACAAGCCGUUCUCCAUGUCCAGAGGAGACUCCGAGCAGGGGAGGCGGAUCGGCCAGUAUUUCUACGUCAAGAGGUCGAAGAAACAGGACCGGGCUGCUGUUGCCGAAGAAGUCGAAACGUGCGCUGAUCCAACUUGA